AUGUUACAUUUCGGAUGCCUUGUCUGGGACAUUUCAGGCCCCCUGAAAUCUGGGGAUGCCCGUAGUGUCAAGGCGACGCUGCAGAUGAUCUAUCACGGCGACUGGGAAAUGAUCGUGAUGUGCCCGGGGGUCGCCGGUUCGGAAUGUUACGAAGACGAGCACCCGUUGGACCACCUGCGCAAGUUCUACCACGGGAAGGUCAUCAGCGUCAACCGCGAAUGGCACGACGGCGAGAACAUUCCGAAACGGGAUCUUGCCGUGCGAUGGGCGACGGAGCUGCAGCCUGCGGACGUGCCGAGGCGAAGCGCACCUUAUGUGGCCUAUGGCAAUGAGGCGUCCCUUAGUUUCAUCUACAGCGCGAUGUGUCUCGUCGUUGAGGUUGGGCCUGCAGGGUCGAGGGCGACUCUGGGCUGA